GUGUAAGCGUUGGUUCAGUCCCUCAGGGCCAGAAAAGGAAUUGACUGAAAAACCGACAGGUGUCAGUGAGGGAGCUGGUUUGAGUUCGCUCGGGUUCUGCAGCAAGCAGGAUGAGGAAGAUGGCUUGAGGUUGGCCUGAAGGGGGGCCGCCUUCCUGAGCGGAAUGCAAUGUUAAUUCUGAGGCAUUGAUGUUUUACAAUGCCUGAUCAAGACAAAAAGGUGAAGACCUCAGAGAAAUCAGCUGAUAAAAAGCAGCAAGGGACAACUACCAGGGACUAUUCAGACCUUAAAAGACUUCGGUGCCUUUUGAACGUUCAGUCAAGCAAACAGCAGCUUCCAGCCAUUAACUUUGAUAGUGCCCAAAACAACAUGACGAAGUCUGAGACUGCCAUCAAGGCAGGGGGACACAGAGCUCAUGGUCAGUGGCAGGAGUCCACAGAAGCAGUUGAACUUGAAAAUUUUAGUAUAAACUACAAGAAUGAGAGGAAUUUCAGUAAACAUCCACAGCAUCAGUUAUUUCAGGAGAUCUUUACGGCUCUGGUGAGAAACAGACUCAUAUGCAGAGAGUGGGUUAAUCGAGCUCCAUCCAUUCAUUUUCUGAGAGUGUUAAUUUGUCUGAGGCUGCUAAUGAGGGAUCCAUGUUAUCAGGAAAUACUGCAUAAAUUGGGUGGGAUUGAAGACCUAGCCCAGUACAUGGAGAUCGUGGCCAACGAAUACCUGGGCUACGCAGAGGAGCAACAUUGUGUGGACAAGCUGGUCAACAUGACAUAUAUUUUUCAAAAACUCGCUGCUGUGAAAGACCAAAGAGAAUGGGUCACUGAGAGCGGAGCUCACAAGACAUUAGUGAAUCUACUUGGUGCCCGAGACACUAACGUCCUGUUGGGUACUCUUCUGGCCCUAGCUAGCUUAGCAGAGAGUCCAGAGUGUAGGGAGAAGAUCAGUGAACUCAACAUAGUAGAAAACCUCUUGAUGAUUCUGCAUGAAUAUGACUUACUUUCCAAAAGACUUACAGCAGAGCUUCUGCGCCUGCUUUGUGCGGAGCCCCAGGUGAAGGAGCAGGUGAAGCUCUACGAGGGCAUCCCCAUCCUGCUCAGUCUGCUCCACUCUGACCACCUGAAGUUGCUGUGGAGCGUCGUCUGGAUUCUGGUCCAGGUGUGUGAGGACCCAGAGACCAGUGUGGAAAUCCGUAUCUGGGGUGGCAUCAAGCAGCUCCUUCAUAUUUUACGAGGAGAUAGGAAUUUUGUUUCUGAUCGCUCCUCCAUCGGCAGCCUAUCCAGCGCAAAUGCUGCAGGACGGAUCCAGCAGCUGCAUUUAUCAGAAGAGUUAAGCCCUGGAGAAAUACAGGAAAAUACUGCCUCUCUCCAAGCAGCUUGUUGUGCUGCCCUCACUGAACUGGCUCUUAAUGAUACCAAUGCCCACCAAGUGGUCCAGGAAAAUGGUGUAUAUACAAUAGCAAAAUUAAUUUUACCAAAUAAACAAAAGAAUGCAGCAAAAACCAUUCUACUACAGUGUUAUGCAUUCAGAGCCCUGAGGUUUCUCUUCAGUAUGGAAAGGAACAGGCCACUCUUUAAAAGGCUUUUUCCCACUGACCUGUUUGAGAUCUUCAUUGACAUAGGACAUUAUGUUCGUGAUAUCAGUGCCUAUGAGGACUUGGUAUCACAGUUGAAUUUGCUAUUGGAAGAUGAACUGAAGCAAAUUGCUGAGAACAUUGAGAGCAUCAAUCAGAAGAAAGCACCGCUGAAGUACAUAGGCGACUAUGCUGUGUUGGACCAUCUCGGAAGUGGCGCUUUUGGCUGUGUUUAUAAGGUUAGAAAACGUAGUGGUCAAAAUCUUUUAGCAAUGAAGGAGGUCAAUUUACAUAACCCAGCAUUUGGAAAGGAUAAGAAAGACCGAGACAGCAGUGUGAGGAACAUUGUUUCUGAAUUAACAAUAAUUAAGGAGCAGCUUUAUCAUCCCAACAUUGUACGUUAUUAUAAAACAUUUUUGGAAAAUGACAGAUUGUACAUCGUUAUGGAGCUCAUAGAAGGAGCCCCACUUGGAGAGCACUUUAACUCUUUGAAGGAAAAACAGCAGCAUUUCACUGAGGAAAGACUAUGGAGAAUAUUUAUUCAGUUGUGCUUAGCUCUUCGGUACCUACACAAGGAGAAGAGGAUUGUCCACAGAGAUCUGACGCCAAACAACAUUAUGCUGGGAGAUAAGGACAAAGUGACAGUUACUGACUUCGGCCUGGCAAAGCAAAAACAGGAAAGCAGUAAGCUCACGUCGAUGGUGGGAACCAUCCUCUAUUCUUGCCCAGAGGUCCUGAAGAGUGAGCCGUAUGGAGAGAAGGCUGAUGUCUGGGCUGCAGGCUGCAUCCUUUAUCAGAUGGCAACUCUGAGCCCUCCCUUCUGUAGCACCAACAUGCUCUCCUUGGCUACCAAAAUAGUGGAGGCAGUGUACGAGCCGGUGCCAGAAGGCAUCUACUCUGAAAGAGUGAGAGAUACCAUUAACAGGUGCCUUACUCCUGAUGCAGAAGCCCGUCCAGAUAUUGUAGAAGUUAGUUCCAUGAUCUCAGAUGUGAUGAUGAAAUAUUUAGACACCUUAUCCACAUCCCAGCUGGCCUUGGAGAAGAAACUGGAGAGGGAGCGGAGGCGCACACAGAGAUAUUUUAUGGAAGCCAACAGGAAUGCUGUUACAUGUCACCAUGAGCUGGCUCUGCUGUCUCAGGAAACCUUUGAGAAGGCAAGCCUGAGCAGCAGCAGCAGUGGGGCAGCCAGCCUGAAAAGUGAGCUUUCAGAGAGCGCGGAGCUGCCUGGGGAGGGCUUCCAUGGUGCCCUGCAGUGUGGGAAGGAGGAGGACAGGACCUGUGAGGAGGUGCUGUCCGAGGAGGACAACUUCCACCUGGAGAGUGUGGAGAAAGAUGUGUAUUCUGAGCUGGAUGAUGAGCUGGACAUCUUGGACAACUGUAGCAGCUCCAGUUCAAGCCCUCUAAAGGAGUCUACAUUUAGUAUUUUAAAGAGAAGUUUCAGUGCUUCGGGAAGAGAAAGGCAUUCACAGGCCAGGGACUUCAUUGGUGGCCUGGGAUCAAGACCAAGACCAGGGCCACAGAUGAGCACAUGUUUGUGGAAAGCAUCUGCAGGCAUUGCUGUAUCCCAGCGGAAAGUGCGGCAGAUCAGUGACCCCAUCCAGCAGAUUCUCAUCCAGCUGCACAAAGUCAUCUAUAUCACACAGCUCCCUCCAGCUCUGCAUCAUGAUCUGAAGAGAAGAGUUAUAGAAAGAUUCAAGAAAUCCCUGUUCAGCCAGCAGAGCAACCCUUGUAACCUGAAAUCUGAAAUUAAGAAGUUAUCUCAGGGGUCUCCAGAACCAAUUGAGCCAAACUUUUUUACGUCAGAUUACCACUUACUACAUCAUUCAUUGGCUGCAAACAACUGGUCCCAAAGUGACCCCACAGGUCCACCCACCAACCUUGAGGUAGAAGAGGGACUCACAUACGAGCAGAUGCAGACUGUGAUUGAAGAGGUCCUAGAAGAAAGCGGCUAUUACAACUUUACAACUAACAGAUCUUCUAGAUGUCACUCUUAUCCAUGGGGGACCAAGAAUUACCCAACCAAGAGAUAGGAGUGCUGCACUGGAGCAGAUGGCCUUUCCCAGUCAAGUUCAAGUUUCAACCGAGGCUUCAACCGAGACUGCAAGAUGCCCAGGACUGGCUGCUGCUAGAGUGGUACAGGAAGCACCAAGUCCCAGAGCUGCAGGAGUAUGUGGCAACCGCAGUGCUGGGUCUCUGUCCCCUGUGUGCAUUGCAUGCACAGUGGCGGGCUAGUGUAUGCUUCUGGGAGAAAACACUGCAAAAUGGCUGCCAGGGUAGGCGUGGGAGUAGCACAGAGCUUUCCUCGAGGUUAAUCAUAAAAACAACUUCUAUUUUUCAAAGGAACAUUUUAUACUCAUGAUUGCUGAAACUAUGCUUAAAAGUAUCUAGCCUUCCUUCUACACAAAAGAGUUUUGGAUAAAACAAUUAUAUGACCCAGUGAAAAAUAUUAUGUAUUCCAUUGUAUUCCUCAUUUUUAAUCUUAAAAGAAAUUUAGAAUAUGAUAGUUUGUAAAUGAAAUGAUUGAUUCUCUCUGAUCCACUUGGGUGCUAGAGGUUCUGAGACAUGACACAGUGCAGACAGUAUUUAUAACCUUGCACACAUCUGGGAGCAUCUGUCAUUGUAACCUUGCACACAUCUAGGAGCAGCUGUCAUUGUAACAUCUGGGAGAAGCUGUCAGAUACUCUGAUUGCAGCUAGACUAGUAGAUUCUACUGGUGUAGAACAUGUGUUUCUGUGUGUGUGUGUGUGUGUGUGUGUGUGUGUGUGUGUGUGUGUACAUAUGUCCAGGGAAGGAGGGAGGCCUGAUUAGGUGACAUUUUGCUGCUAAUCAAGCUUGCAAUGUUUCUAGAACACUUUGAAGAAGUCACAGACCAUGAAAGAGAUGACAGCCCUUAUUCUAGAUCUUACCAAAUUGCUUAUGUGUAAGAUAAAUGUUUGUUGUUUGGGAAUCCUCCCAGAGUUAUAAAAUAAAAUAUAAAUUCCUUCUUUACCCAUUGAGAUGGCCCAAAGAAAGAGAAAUCAGAAUGCCAAAUAGCAUCCCACCUCUAUUGAGACAGGAUUUGCUAGGCCACUGAGUUCAAAUUCCUCCUCUUCAACUGGCUUCUGAUCACUCUAGUAUGGCACCAACCCAAACUCUACGUGUGUGUCCCCACUUCAAAGGCAGUUCAUUGUAUGUAAUUAGCAAGCUGGAAGAUGAGAUUACACUUUUAACUUCCCAUUGAUUUGUGUUAUCUUUAACUGUGCUGAUGUAUUUUAGCAUGAUUGAAUAGUGAACAUAUUGGCAGUCAUUGAGACACAAUAUAACCUUCCUGGAUAGUAUGCAAAUCACUUAAUGUGAAUUCGUCCUAUUCUUUAGAAUUAGUAUGUUGAACAUUUAAAUUAUAUCCCAAUUCCCUUUGAUCACAGACUAAUGCCUUUCCAGGUUACUAAUGGAUAUUUUCUUUCUUUUAGCCAAGAUAACAAUUAAAAUAUACUAAUUUUAAAUAUUAAAUACAGUGAUGAAAAAUUUCAAUUUCAGCUCUCAAAACAGUUCCAUCCAUAUAUGAAUUUUACAUACAGAAUCCAAACACUAUUAUUGAUUCACUGAAGAAAAGUUUUAUUUCUGUUUGCACAGUCGUUUUGUAGGUCACCUGACAUGUGGCAAGAGGCAUAGGCCUGGAGGGGCAUGGACUUGAGUCACAACAGAAGCCUUACAUAGAACGUUCUAAGCUGUGGGGUAAAUGCUCAAACAAUCAUAUUCUUUCUCAAAUGGUAGUAUAUAGUAAAUAAAAAGGAUGGCAUCCAUUGCCUUGGUAAAGAAAACUAUUUAAUUGAGGUAUUUUUUUAAAAUGAGUGCAGUCUACUGAUAGAAAAGAAAAAGAUAUACAGUUUCUCCAUAUCUCUUUUAGGCCAUAGGAAUGGCACUUAUCACAGAACAAGCCAGUAAAAUUAGCAAAAAGAUGCCAACACAUACCCCUGUAACAGCUGCUCAGGCCUAGCUGUGCAGUAGCUGGGUGGAUUUGCUAAGGUGCGGGCUGUGUGUGUUCCCCUUGAGUUGCUCCUGAGUCUCUGCAGUCACUGACCCUCAUCCUCCAGGUUUAAGGAGGCCCUGGAAUGCAGCCUCUCCCCAGCAGUGAAGUUAGCCUUUCCAAAGCACUCUGUGACCUUCAGACAAGAACAAGACGUCAUUUAGUCUUGAUCAGCUGAAUUGUCUUAGUGCAAAGAAGUGGCUCCUCGAGAUUAACGGGCCUCAUCAUCUAUUCUUGAUUGCAUUUACGUGUUUUCUUUUUGUCUUGUGUGAUUUUUAAUGAUUUGUUGUACAAUGAAAUCCUGUGAAAUGUUGAAUCCAUCUCCUUCCCAGUGACCGACUAUUGUAUGGGGUAGAAUUUGAAUUAAUCUCUUCAUAUAACUUUCGAUGCACAAACGCUUUGGCUAAUUAUGUUUUGACCCAGCAGCUCUUUCUGUUUAUCUGUACUUGAAACUUCCAUUCCCUCCAUAAAAGCAAAAUGUCCUGUUCUCAGGACACUGGCAACAGCGAGUAUUUGUCUUUGUCUUGUGGUAGAUAUGCAGUCCCGAAGGGAGCACCUCAAGAGUACAGAGGGACAGACAGACAGACACUGCUGGGGGAGGAAUUUCAGAAACCUGGAGAAGUGCUGUUGGCUUUCAUGUAGACAUAUGUGUGGCACACUAAUGCAGAACACCGAUGGCUUCUGUUCUCAGCAGCACCUGUGUUCUCGAGCCCACACUCAUGCACGAAUGCGCGUGUGCACACACACACACGUACACCGAGGGGCAUUGUUAAGACGUUUAUACAAGUUAAGGUCUUCCUAUAUAAGUGCCACCUGGAGCUCAUUAAAUGCAAGGAAUUUUAACACUCAGGGACAAAAAGGGAACUGGACGACUAUGUCCAGUUCCUUUAAUACCACCACUAAUUUAAAACUUAACUUUAAGAUUUGUGAAGGCAAUAAUAUUGGCUAGUCAAUUCUAUCAGUAUUAAUAUGUACAGAACAUACACAUUUCCCCCUUUUACUUCCCUCUUCUUGUUUGGAAUUACAUAAAAUGAACUUGCUAGUUCCUUUAGAAAUACCCACAUUUUCUGCCCAUCUGAAGGUAGAAAAAUUGUUUCAAGCAACUUUGACUAUUCACCUCUUACUUUUUGAAAAUGCUGGUUUUCAUGAGUACCCAGAUCACCUGCCGGGCAGUGCAAGGUCACCUGGGUGGACAGCUUCUCAGCACCCAGAUCAUGCAGCAGUGAGUAGAAGCUAGAGGCUAGCACACUCUGACCUUAAUCCUGUGUGAAAUUCUGUGUGAACAUCAAAUCUUUAUGUUCAGGCUCUGGAUGUGAUAUAUAUGCAUUUGCUGUCUUUUGGAUUGUGUUAAUGCUCCUUUGGUAUAAAGUGACAGCUUUGGAUAAAUUGUUUUUGAAAUUAAAAUGAGCUGCUAGCACAUGCCACUGUGGGAUGCUGUUUUCCAUGUGGAUAGUAAGUCACAUGUAUCUCAAGGAAGCAACUUCAUGGUGAAAAGUGCAUGUUGUGAAUGUAAUAUGCAUGUUAUAUGUUUACAUGACUGUUUACAUCCUGUUACAUCUGUGCAGCAUUUGGCUGACUAUAUUGAGAUGAUUAAGCCCAGUUCACACUGUAAAAGUGGCUCACCGUAGUUGAGAGUGUGCUGUUAUUUUUCUGAAAGCAAGAUGCUCCCCUUUUCUCCCAUUUUGUCCCAUGAAGCCAGCUCUGCCCUAUGUCUUGCUACUGUGGCCAGAAAUAAGAAAAGCACACACGAGCAGUGUGGCUGCUGCAUGAGCUAUUGAAGGAAGCUUAUGUUUCCCCUAAAUGAGAUGUUUCAUCAUUGUGGAAAGUCAUGCCUUGUUGCCAUUUUGAUGAUGACUGGUGAGAUAGCUCCUUGGAAUCAGUAUGGUGAGAUCACUAGUGAAUAGUGCUAAGUGUUGGAAACAUGUCAAGAAAGAACUGUCCCACAAAGCAACGAAGUUUAUACCAGAAAGAAUAAUCCAAAGAGGCAAUGCCUGUCGACUGGUCACUGCUUAAGCAGCCAGUCAAGGCCCCUAACAGAAUCUUCUUAUCCCACUAUUUAGCUCUACACUCCCAGAGCCACUGGAGCCAAGGUUCUAAGAAAGAAUAUGAGACAUUAAGUGAGUUUUAGCUAAAUUUCCUGUCGUGUUUACCUCACACUUCAGUGGAUUUGAGCAGAAAUAGCACUGUUAGGGGAGCCUCAUGUUGUGACAGGACACGGUGUUUGUGGGGACCCAGAAGUCCUGCCUUGUGACGAUGACAGAUCAUCCAAGGAAGUUAGUCAAUUCCCAAACACAAUCUUGCUUCCAGUAGUUGGAGGACCAACAUUCCCAGGGUAGGGCAUCAGCCUCACCGAGGAGCAGUCGACAGAGUGAAGCCUCUAGGUAGAUCCAGAGGCCCAAGUGAUCCCUGCUGCUGGGUCUCCUGGAACUAGCGGCUGUGCAUGGUGACAGCAAGCUGGCCUCCCAGACAUCAGCAGAGCCCCCUUUAAAGUCCCAGGACAUGCUGGGGACUGCAUAGGGCAGGUCCCUGGGAGGCAUAGAGGCAUUGCACUCCAGGUAGGUCUGCUGCCGCUGCUGCCGCUGCUGCCACCAUUUUUUAGUACGGGGGACUGAGCCCAGAGCCCGGCACAUACUAAACAAGCAUUUUGUUGCUGAGUAAGAAACAAACCCCAAAGCAGAAAUUUUAUCCGCCUGUGAGUGAAUAUGACUGUGCCCCUGGGGCCGAGUUUUCUUCCCCCUCUUCCAGCUCAGGCUCAUUUUAUCUGACAAUAAAAAUUUUACAAAACAAUUUGUGAAGGAUUUGAGUGUACAUGCAGAGACACGUGAACAUGGUUGCUCAGUCCGAUUUGGAAGGAACACUGCAGGUGUUUUCAUAAUUUGCCCGCAGCUGCUCGAUGGCUAGCUGUGGAAAGAUCCCUCCAUUUUAUCCUUCCAAAUUGGGAAACAGAAAUCCAUAGAAGAAAAUCUUUUCAGUAUUUUUGCUUGCUGACAUUUAGUGGCUAAAAUCUGAAUUGUAAGGCCUCCUGAGUUCUGUUGCUCCCAGUGGUGAUUCAGUGGCCAUCAAAGAGUGCUGCUGUCCUCCGAGAGGGAGUGGAGCCUCUGCUCUCUUGCAGCACAGAGCUCUUUCCUGGAUGGCCCUGUGCCCGAGGCAGAGGUUUGUGCCUGCAGCAGGCAUGAACCUCCCAGUGGCCCUUAUUCUCCUUAGUCUCUGAGAUGGGACCGUGUUUUGUCCUAGCGCCGUCCACCUCGGUCACCCCAGCCUUGCAAGCCCGCAAUGCCCUCAUUUCAAGUAACAGACUGUGACUCUCCUGAAGGGGCCUGCAUUUUAGGGGAGUGCCAGUGGUUCCACUGGUGUGGAAGGCAACGAGUGUGCCUGUUGGCUGUCCACCAAAGCUCUCUAUGGACACCAUGAGUCUCUAAUGCAACCACACAGUCAUAGGCCGAAAAAAGGGAAAGAAAUGCUUCUAUCAAAGAUUCACAUGAAAGAUGAAAGCAAAUGUUAUUUUUUUUGCUAUUGUGUAAAUGUGCUCUGUAAAAUGCUAAAGAAAAUAAAAAUGUAUUUUCAAGUUA